GGAAAGCGCACACAACAGGCACGCCCACGUGUGCUAAUAAGGUUCCCCGACCUUUCUCGUCACUCUUGGCGCUCAAAAAUAAUACUAUAAAGGGCGUUAAAAUAAGCCAACGGGAGCAGGUUCCUGUUCCGCCUCGGCAUCUUAUUGGUUGAACUCUUACAAGAGCCUCUCUGUGACUGGGAACGGUAGACGCCAUUUAAGUUUGAACCGGGUGGAGAUUGUGGCUCUCUGAACGAGACUGAAGCUCGGAAUCUGUCUGCGUAGCGCGCAGUCUACUGGCUCGAAGAGGGUGUGAAGGCUGCGCAGCUCCCCGGCGGCGUCAUGGCUUGGAAGUUCCUGAGAGACUUGUCCAUGGAAUGGGAUACUAGUUUGUAUGGACAUAGUCUAUACAACCCCUUUACUCGUUCUCUUGUCAUAGACGACUUGUUUGAGAUAGGUGGUGUUGCAAUGACAGAUGAAGAUAUAGAUUCAAGUGUCUUAUUUGGAACUUUGCGUGGCACUGUGGUUGGAUUGCGCUACUAUACAGGGGUGGUCAAUAAUAAUGAAAUGGUGGCGCUUCAGCGAGAGCCCAACAACCGAUAUGAUGUGCAUGCUAUAAAAGUGAACAAUGUGAAUGGAGAGCAAGUUGGCCACAUUAAAAAAGAACUGGCUGAGUGUUUGGCACACAUCAUGGACAACAAAUUGGCUCUAAUAGAAGGGGUUGUUCCUUAUGGAGCAAAUAAUGCUUUCACUAUGCCAGUACAGCUGAGUUUUUGGGGGAAACCAGAGAAUAAAGAUGUGAUUCUAAACCAUCUGAAGCUGUAUAACUUUAAGUUGGCUCCUCCAGGAAAAUCCUUGGGCUUGGGUUUUGGAUAUAGUGGGACAUCAGGAAGAGCUGGAACAAGUUACAGUGCUCCAGUUCAUGCUGCUGUACAAAUGACAACUGAACAGCUGAAGACUGAGUUUGACAAACUGUUUGAAGAUCUGAAAGAAGAUGAUAAAACAUGUGAAAUGGAAGCAGCAGGGGCUGUUGUAACAUCAUUACUUCCACAUCAGAAGCAGGCUUUAGCAUGGAUGAUUUCACGUGAAAACAAUAAGGAGUUGCCUCCAUUUUGGGAAGAGAGGGAUAACUACUUCUACAAUACGAUUACAAACUUUGCUGAAAAAAAGCGACCUGAAAAUGUUCUUGGAGGAAUAUUGGCAGAUGACAUGGGAUUGGGUAAAACACUUACCGCUAUUGCAGUCAUCCUAACCAAUUUUCAUGGUGGCAAACCGCUUCCUCUUGAAAAGAAAAUAAAUCAGUUGAAGGAGGAAUGUGUUUCUACUAUGAAAACAGACAUAAAAGUACCUGCUGCUUCAGAUAUGAAGGAAGAAAAUGAUUCUGUUCUGCCGCAGUCAUCUUGUCCAAAAAGAGGCAGAAGAAGAGGCAAGAAACUGACAUAUAAAGACAGCAGCAACUCAGAGUCUGACGAGAAGAUAACACACACAAAAACAAAUUCUAAAGCAAAAAGAACACAGCGAGGAGCAAGAAAAAGAAAAGGAGCUUCUUGUGAUGUGGAGGAUAAUGCAUUUGCCUCUGCUCUUGGGAAACCAGCCGUUUCUUCAAAGAAGGCAAAGAAAAAAGGUGGUACUGUCGUGCAGUCUAAUAAUACUGAAGCUGAGGAGAAUCUUAGAGCAACGCUGAUCAUCUGUCCACUUUCUGUUCUUAGCAACUGGACUGAUCAGCUAGAGGAACAUAUUGAUCCAGAUGUUCAUCUGAACACUUACGUUUACUAUGGUUCAGAGCGCACCAAAGAUCCAGCAAUCCUUUCAAGACAGGAUAUCGUGUUAACAACGUACAGUGUUUUAUCUAGUGACUACAGUGCAAAAAAUGAUAGUCCUCUGCACAAAGUUAAGUGGCUGAGAGUGGUGUUGGAUGAAGGGCACACAAUACGGAACCCAAAUGCUCAGCAAACUAAGGCUGUACUAGAUCUGGAUGCCCGAAGAAGAUGGAUUUUGACAGGCACACCUAUUCAGAAUUCCUUGAAGGAUUUGUGGUCUCUUCUUUCCUUUUUAAAGCUGAAACCGUUUACAGACAGAGAAUGGUGGCACCGAACAAUCCAGCGUCCUGUCACUAUGGGAGAUCAAGGCGGGCUUAAGCGUUUACAGUCCCUGAUUAAGAGCAUUACUCUUCGAAGAACGAAAACAAGCAAAGUUAAAGGGAAGCCAGUUUUGAAGCUUCCAGAACGUAAAGUAUUUAUUCAGCAUAUUACUCUUACAGAUGAAGAGAAACUAAUUUAUCAUUCAGUGAAGAAUGAGAGCACAGUUGCUAUUAGCAGGUAUUUCAAUGAGGGAACUGUUUUGACCCACUAUGCAGAUGUUCUGGGUGCACUGCUUAGAUUGAGACAGUUGUGUUGUCAUCCCCAUCUCUGUGCAAGUGCACCUUCAUCUACCUUUGAAGAAGGUAAUGAUACUCCUGAAGAACUGCGUGCAAAAUUAAUAGAAAAGAUGAAGCUAGUUCUAAGCUCUGGUUCUGAUGAAGAAUGCGCUAUUUGCUUAGACUCUCUCAGUAUUCCUGUGAUAACCCACUGUGCUCAUGUGUACUGUAAGCCAUGCAUUUGUGAAGUCAUCCAAAGGGAGAAGCCAAAUGCUAAAUGCCCUCUUUGCAGGAAAGAGGUUGGAUUAGAGCAACUUGUAGAAUGUCCUUUGGAAGAUUCUGAUGAUACAAAGUUUGAUCAAGAAUGGGUAUCAAGUUCAAAGGUCAAUGCCCUAAUGCAUGCUUUGCUAGAUCUAAGAAAGCAAAAUCCAGCUAUUAAGAGUAUAAUUGUUUCUCAGUUCACGAAAUUCCUCUCUCUAAUAGAGGUACCACUGAGAAAAUCUGGUUUUGUCUUCACUCGUUUGGAUGGGACACUGAGACAGAAGAAAAGAGUAGAGGCCAUUCAGCAGUUCCAGAGCACUGAAGCUGGAUCCCCAACUGUAAUGCUGUUAUCUCUAAAAGCAGGUGGUGUUGGCUUGAAUCUGACAGCAGCUUCACGAGUCUUUUUAAUGGAUCCAGCUUGGAAUCCUGCUGCAGAGGACCAGUGUUUUGACAGAUGUCAUAGACUUGGGCAGAAACAGGAUGUGAUCAUCACAAAGUUCAUUGUGAAGCACUCAGUGGAAGAAAAUAUGCUGAAAAUUCAGAACAAGAAGAGAGAGCUUGCAGCCGGAGCCUUCGGCACCAAAAAGCCUUCCUCUAGUGAAACCAAAAUUAACGAAAUUAAAACUUUGAUGGAUUUAUAAUUGUUAUGUUGGGACCAGAGUGGAGGCUGACACAUUGGUAACUGUUAAGUCAGCAUGCAUAUAAGCAUUUUGAAUUGCUCUGUCAUCUUUGGGUGGUAGCUGUAUUGUACAAUAAAGUUACAGAUAAUGGGUUACAUUUCAUCAGACUUCUUGAAAUUAGACAUUGGGAGAGUUUCUAUCAGGGACUUUAAACAGCAUGACUAAGAGAAUUAUCUUUUGAAUCCUUGAUAAUAAUAGCAUCUAAUUUCAUGUGUGUUAAGCAGAUGUUGAAUAGCAGUAGCAAAUGCUAAAAUACUUUUGUCAAGUAGCAUUUAGAUGACCAAGUUGUACUUUCGCAACCAUCUCAAUUGUUUGCUAAACUAUAUCAGGGAAGAUGAGGGACAUAAAGAAUGGGAGCAAAACAUUUUGAAUUCUUAGGUUGGACUUAAUCCAAUUUUGAAAGUAUAGCAUUUUAUUUGUUUUACCUGCAGCAAUAUUUUGGUUGAGGUCAUGAUGUUAACACCCUGAAUACUGGAAUUUAAUGUAUGCUGUGUACCUUUUGCUAUACUGCAUAGCUAGAAUCUUGAUUUGUAUAAGUAAACAUUUGUCUUUA